AUGAUUUUCUAUUUUGGACCAAUCGGGACACCAUUUAUCCGUCUUGAUGCGGGACUUUAUACUCUACCCGGCUAUAUGUAUCAGAUCAAUCACUACUCUUUUAUGCAACCUGAUUUCGGGAACAUAUUUGAUACUUUGAUUACCGUGCACUACUAUUUGCUUGGAACUUUAUGUGUGAUCGCGCUCGUUAUUGAUGGGUUCACUUUGCAGAGGUUCAGAAAGAGAAUGAUGCUUCUCACUCACGGAAUGAAUCUUUGCUAUUGGAUUAUGUUCUUUGUAAUCAAUGCACUUUCCCAUGGAUACGGCAGUCAAGAUAUUUUCCGUUAUAUUUACGGUCAACGCAGUUUCAAUCGAAUCUCGACCAUUGUGAUGACUGUGGAGAACGUUUUGCAGGGCCUCUUGAUCAUUUAUUUUAAUUCGGGAGAGAAAGGAGAAAGAAGAAGCAAUAAUAGUUCUGUUAAUACUAAUACGACAAAGACGUCUGGAAAGUUGAUUCUCGGA